AUGGCUUUUAAACGAAUUAUUAAGUCGAUUUUUGAUCACGGAAAGCAGAGGAUUUUCCCAUUAAGGUAAUAAUAUAAAAUUGUACGUGUAUUAUAAACAUGACUAAUCGAGUUUGACCUUUAGCCAAGGCCGCAUUUAAGGGGGUGCAACGGGGGCGAUUACACCAGGCGGUAGAUUUUUGGGGACGGUCAAUAAUAAUAUUGAACUCGAUAGCUGUUUUAUAUCUGUGGUGAAUCCAUACAUAAUAAAGAAAUGGAUACCUAAGAUGCCUCCAAUUAUUUCCUCGUUAAAUUUUCGGUCUUCACUUGUUUCACUGUAGUUAUUUGGUGAUGAGCUAUUAUGACCUAUCCAUUUCUUCAGAGCCAUAUUUGGAAAUUUUGCGCUCUGAAGCAACAUAUUUCUGCCACUCCUUACCCACCUCCUCCCGAAAAAAACUAUUGCAUAAAAUGUAACAAUUUUGAUCCACAGAAAAUUGAGUCAACAAAUUAAAUAUUAUGUUACUUGCACUAAUUUAAUAUUGACAAAUUAGAAAUAUAUAAAACUAGUUGUCCCGCGCCCGGCGUUGCCGGUGCCAAUUUUUAUUAUUAUUAUUUUACCCAUAUUCAUUUUUAGUUCUUGACCGUGUGAGUAAUGAAUAAAAAAAGUAGAAAGUGGGUAGUCAACCAUCGGCGGAAUAAGUGUUCUAUUAUGACAUUUUUUUCAUGAUUUUCAUACAAAAAAUAACGAAACCUCGAUUUUUUUUUAAAUGGGGAGGGUUGAUGGAUUUCAAAGGAAGUUAAGCCUAAUCUAACUUAUCAGGGAGCGGAGACGCUCGACAGCGGAAAAGCGCGCGUACCGUAUAAUAGCAAAUUAUCGUUCGCAAACGGCACGGUAUUUGUUUUAUACCUUCAUGUGGACAUUGGCCGAUUCAGUUAAUAAUUCAGUUGUUAAUCUGUAUAUAUAAAAAAGGAUCGAUAUUUCGUCAGUGAUGCCUUAACUUGAAUACCAUCUGAAUUUCAAACUUUUCCGGUAGAUUUUCCAAAAAUCGUCUUUCAUAAUAACUUUACGAAUACACAAAAAAAAAAAAAAAUCAGGCAUAUUAGUCCGUCCAUUUUCAAGUCAUGGCGUCGGUGAUAAGAUAUCAAUUAAUUUAUACAUACCUAUAUAAUAUAAAUAUGCUUAUUUGCCGAUACAUUCAAAUUUAUAUUUAAAAAAAUAAUAACUCUUGGCGCCCUCUUAUGAAUCUUUAUUUAUUCAUUUUCCAUCAGAAUGAACAUUUCAAUUUUGGGACAACUUGCACAGAAUAUCUUAUUGAUUAUUAAUUUUUUUGUUUUUUAAUUUUCAUCCGUAUCACCAUGAUAACCCAUAAAUCAACAAAACAAAAUCACUGUACUAAAAUUACCAAUUACUCUGUGUCAGCUACCCUUGCAAUGCGAUUUUCCCAAGCGUUUUCCUAGCGAACGUGAAAAACCCGGAAAAAACGUGGGAAAACCGGGGUAAACGGUACAACAUUAAACAAAUAUUAUUAAAGAAAAUAUAUAAACCAUAUUCAAUUAUUCUAAAAUAAUAUGACAUAUAUAUUGUUGACAUAGCACCACUAUCAACUGAAUUCCGCUUAGAAUCAUUUUUUCGUAAACAAUGGUUUAUCGUUGCAUACAGGUAUACGAUUAACCCGUCUUACUGUUAACACGGAUAUACUCCAUAUAAUAACUAUUAACAUAUUAUUGUCCUUAUCAUAAUAAUAAUGAUAUCACUCAUCAUUAGUGCAGAGUGACAUAAAAGAAACCCGAUUUAUUGCUCAAUAUUUGUUUAUAUUUUAGUGUUUCAAGAUUCGAUCCGUUGAAGAAUUUAAAAAUAACUAAUAGUCAACACGUUCAUCGUUCGGACGGAUUGCCCAGUGUCAUGCAUGCCAUUAAGCCAGUUAAAGAAGAACUCCAGACACCCUCUAACAAGUACACCUAUAAAAUAACUUUAAUCAAACAUUUAUAGUAUAUGUACACUAUAAAUAUAAUUUGUUAUUAAUCCGUCUGUCUUCGAAAUCUAUCCCAGUUUUCCUACGUUUUUCUCGGUUUUACAAUGUUUUUUCCUAGUUUUUCACAUUUGCUAGGGAAAAUUUAAAAAAUGACUUCUUUAAAGUAUGUUCCGAGUGAAAUUUCCUUUUAUACAAAUUGUUAUCAUUAUAAAUUGGAGCAAAUAAAUUACUAAUAGAAAAGUGGUUUACGGGGAAAAAAAAAGCCGUAAUUUAUUUUAACUAAUACCUACGCUUUUUAUAUUUUCCCAUUUUUUCGGUUUUUAAAUUUGAUAAGAAAAUUCGUGAAAAAAUCUAAUAAUGACCUCUCUAAAGUGUUGGAUAUCUUUUUAGAAACGUUGCUUUCAUCAUUCAUUAUAAAUUGGAACGAAAUUGCUAGUAGAAAAGUUGUACACAGAAAAAAAAAUCGUAAUCAACUAAUACCCAGAUUUCUUUAAUUUUUCCUUUUUUCUACGUUUUUGUUCAAGUUUUUGCAUUUGAUGAAAAAAUUAUUGAGAAAAUCGAAAAAUUACUACUUUAAAGUAUCUCCCCACACAGUUUUUAUUUAAAAAAAUGCGCUACACAUAAAAAUCGGAGCAAGGUCUGUGGUAAAAAAAAAUGUUCAUAGAAAAAAAAAAAAAAAAAAAAAUUUUCAAAAAAAAAAAAAAAAAAAAAACAAUUUUGUAAAACCACAAGCUUCUUCGCUCCACUAAGAAUUUUUAACACGAUGUAUAUAUUGCACGGUAACUGUUUAUAUUUUAGUGUUGUAGGAUUUGAUCCUAAAAAUCUGAAAAGAACUACGGAACACGUUAUUCGUCCGGACGGAUUGCCUAAUCUAGCACAAAUUAUUAAGCCAGCCAUUAAGGAAGAGACAUUCCUGAAAAAUGUGUACAAGUACAUCUAUAAAAUAAUUUAUUUAACAAUUUAUGGUACAUUUUGUAUAAUAUAAACAUAAUUUUUUAUUAAUCCCGGUAUACCUUGGAAAUCUAUCAUUAUAAUUUUGAUAAAAUAAAUUAUCCGCUGUUCGACAAACGCCGAUUGGCCUGUCAUCCGUAAUACAUUUUGGCCCGUCGGAAAAAAAAUAUAUACCAAUUGAAUAAUAAACGUGUACACUGCGAAAACAUUAUUAACGGAUGUACUGACGCGGUAAACAUUCCGUUAUAUUUUUGUUACCCGAAUGAAGUGACGGGGUUUUUUUUUUAUUGUGGUUAAAACAACAAACGUAUAAUGUAGGCUAUGGAAAUCGUCACUUUAUGAGCCCCUGCGUAGUUUUAGCGGAUUUUUUGAAACUAAACAACUAAUUAAUUUUCAAUUAGUUAUCUUAAAACGUCCUUAUAACGGAUUCCCUUUAAGGCGAAAAUCUCCUUAAAACGAUUAACAACAACAGUUCUGCAUAGCCUAUAUUCUAUAUAUUUUAGUCAUUAUAAUCACGCUCAGGUAAAGCAGUCGGGGCAUAGACAGUGAAGAAGACAAGAAAGGGACAGGGAGAUAAAUAGUUAACGAUCGGUAAUCCAAAGAGACCUCCAUAAGUGGUAUUUUAUUAACACUUUGAGUUAGGUGAUCAUCUAAACUUGGAAUGUUAUUUCAUAAACUAGUAGACAUAUUUGGUUUCAUUCUCACAUCAAUUUCCUUAUAAAUUAUUUUUAAAACAAUUUUUUUUUAAGGAAUUUGCGCUUUUGAUUCUUCAUUUUCUUUUGUUUUUGUUUUUUCGCUGCUCAGAUAGUACUGCUUAACUUUUUUAUUUGUUCUUUUGUGAUAACCUAUUAUUUUAAUAAUACUAUUUCAAAUGUAUUGAAUUAAUAAUAUUUUAGUAUUAUUAUCAUUACUAAUUUCUUAUCUGCGAUCACAAAGAGGAAUACCAUAUAUCCACUGUAGAGCUCAUUUAUUAUCAUGAGCUUCAACUUCUGCUCACAAUAAACAUGUUUCAGUUGCACAAUCUCUCCAAGUAGUAAAGGGGAUAUAUGGUAUAUACAAACGAGCAAAACGUAUACAAAUGUAAAAUAAUAAAUUAUAAUAUUAUUGUCAGUAUAAAAUUAUUAAUUAUUACUUCUCAAAUAAUAUUCUUUAAAAACGUUUUCUAAAAUGUUCUAUAUUAUGUUUUAAUUAUGAUUGUGUUCUGUUCAAAUAUGAAUUUGCAUAGACCAAAAUCAACGGGAACAAUACUUGAACAGUUUCGGGAAGAAUUAAAAAGGACGUUAGGAAAAAUAUCAAAUGAAACGUAAACGUUCGGCUAUUUAUGUAUUUGAUUAAAUUUAUUAAUUAAAAAUUAUGAUUAUUUAGAGAGAUUCAAGAUUUAUCAAAGCCCAAUUUUAACGUGAAACAAAAUUCAUUCGGUAUUGCGGACAAAUUGAUAAUGGGCGACGGUAAUAAAAAGCGUGCUGGUAGAUGGUUAAACAUGGGAUCUAGGUAAGUACAAAUUUACUAUCAAUAGUUUAUUAUUAAUUAUGUAACUAUUUAUUACGUAUUUAUUAUAAUCAAGAACAAUAAAUAAUACGAGAGUAAAUUGUUUUUGUAUCGUUAGUUAUUUUAAUAAAUUAUUAUGAAAAUAUAAAUAUAACCCAACUAGUUUAUAUUAAAAUGUGAUAAAUUUUAAUUAUAACUCUAAGACGUGGGACCAUGAUAGGAAUGGCUCCUAUUAUAUUUUGAGUAAUAUUUUUUUUAGAUGCAGCAUGGCGUAAUUUUUUUACCAAUUAUCUUGCUCCAAUUUAAGUAUAGCAACUUUUCUAAAAGGUAAUCAGGCUUAGGAGAUUCUUUAGAUUGGUCAUUUUUCGAUUUUCUUAUUAAAUGUACAAAACCGAAAAAAAAAAAACGAGGAAAUGUACGAAAUAUGUUAAUAAAAUAUUGCGAUUUUUUUUUAGACAGUUUUCUACCAUUAUUUUGCUCAGAUUUACAAUGAUAGCUCUUUAAUAAAAGGAAAUAUUGGGGAGAUACUUUAAAGAAGUCCUUUUUUGAUUAUCUCCAGAGUUUUUUCAGUAUAUGUACAAAACCGGGAAAAUCUUAGGAAAAACGGGAAAUUUAAAUAAAUGAUAUUAAAGAAAAUGUAUUGUUCCUAUUUAAUUAUUUUACCAUAAUAUGACAUAUAAAUUGUUGACAAAGCAUCACUGAAUAUCCCUCAGAAUCGUUGCUUACAGGUAUACACUAAAUUACCCUGACUGUGACUGUACUUGUCUCUAUCUUAGGGACAGCUUAAUCUCUUUCAUGUGUAAAUAAUUCGGUUUUUGAUUUUCUUUAUAUUUUUUGUAAUAAUUAUGAAAACCUGGAAUAUUACUAAAAAUGUAAAUUGAUAAAUUUACUGCGUUAGCAGUCUUUUAUUUUACAUUUUUGCGGCUCAUGUUUUCUUUAGAAACUAUUACUUAAAUUGAAAAUACCAAGAGACCUUUUUUAUUAAAUUUUUAAUCUAGUUUGUUAGUAAAAAGUCAUUUUUUAAAACAUUUUUAUACUUCUUUAAGUUAGUAUUGGAAACAGAUAAUAAACGUAAAAUAAAAAUUGCCAAAUUUACGGCGUUACAAUUUCAUUAUUUUAAAUUUUUACGCUUUCCGUUCUCUACUAGAAAUAGAAAAAAAGAUUAACAACAAGUGAUUUACGAAAAUUUACGAAAAUAAAUCUUUUAUUAUUUUAAGUUUUGUUUUUGUAAUAAUGAAAUUUAUUUAAGAAUAUUCGUAGGGACUGGAACAUUUGACAGAAAAUACAUAUUUGCUUCUUCUAGAGACGGUAAAAUUUCUUAAAUAUUUGAGCGAUUUUUAAACCAUUUAAUAAUAUUUUAAUUUUGCAAAUUUUUAUUUAGUAUAUACUUUGCGGAUAAAAUUGUAGGAUCAAACAGAAAUGCUUGAAAAUUUGACAGGAUUUUCAUUAUAAGUUGUAAUUAGUGGUAAAAAAAAAAAAAUGACUUCUAUUGUAUUUUAAAUUUUUUAAAGUGUUUUAACAUCAAAUUUUAACGAAAAUCGUAAAUAUUACAGCCAUUCAAAUCAUGUAUAACCGAAUUUGCUCCGAAACGUUUUUCCUAACAUUUCUAUGUAUUAGAAAAAUUUUAAAUUUAACAAUAUUUCAUAUUUCAUGUGUUUUAAAGGGUACAAAUACGAUCAUUUGGUGUCAUAAGUGACUUAUUCAGAGAUCCAGAAGUAGGUUUACAGGCAAACUUGUUACAAGCCUUACAGGGAAAAUUGCAACCACUUAAAUAUGAAUAUAACGCUUUAGAACCUAUUAUAUCACGUGAAAUAAUGGAAAUGCACCACAAAGAAAUACAUAACACUUAUAUUGUUAAUUUUAAUAAAACGUUGAUCGAAAUGAACAAAUGUAUUUUGAAAAGUAAAUUAAUACACUUACAUUAAUUUACAAUAUUAAUUUAUAACUUACUAUCUAUAUAACUUACAGGGGACAUGUCAAAAGUAGAAAGCUUAGAAAAAGUGCUAAAAUUUAAUUUUACUGCUAUUGUAAAUCACAAUAUUUAUUUCCGGUCACUCACACCUCAUUUGACCAAACCGUCUAGUAAAUUUAUAAUCAUUAUUAUAUUAUUAUAUUUAUUGAUAUAAUGAAUAUAAUAUAAUAAAAUAAAACAAGUAUUUAUUAAUAUGUUGUCUUUAGGUGAAUUGAAAAACGCUAUAGUUGAAAGCUUUGGAUCAUUAGAAGAAUUAAAAAGACAAAUGACUUCUGUAUCUGUUUCAAUUCAAGGUAAGGGAUGGUGUUGGCUAGUAGUUGAUCCUCGUCGAAAAACAAAAAAAUUAAUGGUAACGAGCACACAAAAUGAAGACUGCAUAUUAUUAAAAGGUUUGAUAAUAAAGUCAUUUAUAAAUUGUUCAUAUAAUUAAAUAUUUAUUGAAUCGUGUUUUUUUGUGUGUGCAGGACUACCCCCUGUGCUUGGAAUUGACGUUUGGGAACAUGCCUACUAUUCACAGUACAAAAGUGCACGUGCUGAUUAUGUCGAUGCCAUAUUUGAUAUUAUAAAUUGGGAAGAACUGUCCGUAUUAUUUGAUGAUUUUAACGAAAUAGAAUUCUAUUAG